AAGCACCAGCACAACCACGUAGUAGCAAACCUCGAAAGCUCGUUCACACUCCUAACCAAUGGCGGCGAUGGGCUGCCGUACAGUGCCCACCGUCCGCUCAUGAGACCCAAAAUUCCCUCUAUACCCCUCCUCUCUUCGCACAGUUCCUCCUUCCCAACACUCAAUUCUCUCAUGGCCUCCUCUCUUACCCGAACCCACCAUUCCGACCCUCCCCAAGACGACUUAGACGACGGCCUAUGCUCCGACCCGCAAUUACAAGAGGAAAGAGAGCGGUCUGCGUCUGAUACGUCGCCUUUUGGCUUGGGUUCGCCGAGCCGAUGCUUGACCGGAGAGUCCCGGGUCGAGCGGGCAUGGGCUCACUGGGCCAAACUGGGACGGCCCAAGCUGAUAGUCGCUCCGAUGGUGGAUAACUCGGAGCUGCCGUUUCGAAUGCUUUGCCGUAAGUACGGCGCCGAGGCCGCGUACACGCCCAUGUUGCACUCUCGCAUUUUUACCGAGAACGAGAAGUACCGUAGCCAGGAAUUCACCACUUGCCAGGAGGAUCGCCCAUUGUUUGUCCAAUUUUGUGCGAAUGAUCCAGAAAUUUUGUUGGAGGCUGCACGGAGAGCUGAACCUUUUUGUGAUUAUGUUGACAUCAAUUUGGGUUGUCCUCAGCGUAUUGCUAGGAGGGGCUAUUAUGGAGCUUUUCUUAUGGAUAAUCUUCCUCUCGUAAAAUCUCUCGUUCAAAAGUUGGCUCUCAACCUUCAUGUUCCUGUGUCGUGCAAAAUCCGAGUAUUCCCAGAUUUGCAGGAUACAAUUAACUAUGCUAGGAUGCUAGAGGAUGCCGGUUGCUCUCUUUUAGCUGUGCAUGGCCGAACCAGAGAUGAGAAAGACGGAAAGAAAUUUCGGGCAGACUGGGAAGCUAUCAGGGCUGUGAAAAAUGCGGUUGGUAUCCCAGUCCUUGCAAAUGGGAACAUUCGACACAUGGAUGAUGUUCAGGAUUGUUUGGAGAAGACUGGUGCUGAUGGGGUGCUUUCUGCUGAGUCUCUACUUGAGAAUCCAGCUCUUUUUGCUGGAUAUCGAGCUGCUGAAUCGGUAGUGGGCAGUGAAGGAAAUGAUAAAGAGGGAAAACUGGACCAGACAGACCUACUGGUGGAGUAUUUGAAGUUUUGUGAAAGACACCCUGUGCCAUGGAGAAUGAUUCGUUCUCAUGUGCACAAGAUGUUGGGAGACUGGUUCAGGCUGCAUCCAGAUGUGAGGGAGGAUCUAAACUCCCAAUCCAAACUGACAUUUGAAUUUCUUUAUAACAUAGUUGAUCGACUUAGGGAGCAGGGCACAAGAAUUCCACUUUAUCUGAAGGAUACUCAUGAAGAGAGAGUUCCAGCAGAUGGACUAGCAUCCAGAAAUGUUUGAAACGGGUUGACUGGGUUGAAGGUCCAAAUUUUUGAUUCAUUGCUAAAUUAUAGCUGGCAAUCAGGUUCACAGUUAUGAUUUUUGUCAUAAUUUUUUCACAUCAAAUGUUUACAUUUUUCGGCAUCUUAAUUGUUAUUGCAAUAGUAGUUAUUGGCAAUCUAAUAUGCUGAGGAAGUAGGAGGGUAUAAUAGCGAAGGAUGAAGAUGCUUCUUUUUAUACUAGGUCUUUUCCUUUUUUUGGUAUAUGAUUUAUUGUGUCAGUAUCUCAGGUCAUCCAUGUUGUAUCAACUCCCUCUGUUAGGGAAAAUGAAAAACAUCUGCAGAUGUAUCGAUUUUGGAUUGAUUUUUCCAAAGUGAAAUUAUAUUUGAUUGGUCCUUGAUAUUAGUUUAAAUUUAUAA